GUUCUAUGUUUUCUGAGAGAAACCGAAUUACAGAGAAGAAGAAGAAGAAAGAAACUUCUCUUUCUUGCGAGGCUGUUUUUCUCUAACAAACUUAACCUCCUCCCUCCCUUGUUCUUCCUUCUUUCUUCUUCGUAACUUGCGCUUUUUCCAAAACGUAAACCCCUCGAUUUCGCCAACCCAGCUUUUCCCACUUAGCUUCUUCUUGAUUUCUGCCAAGAAAGAAAUUAACGCAUUUCUUUAGCGCAGAAUCGGAGAUUGAGCUUCGGUGGAUUUGAAAUUCAGGGGUUUUUGUUCUCUGCAUGCCGGAUUUUUGAAGGAUUCGUGAGGCGGAUUUGAGUGCUUUUUGAUUCCUAGGGUUUUUGGUUCCGUAAUGCGGGGUUAGAAUCGGCUCGGAUUUCGAGAAAUUGAGAAAUUGAGGCUUGGUAUCGGCGAAGAUGAUGGUAUCGGCGUCGCCGUCGAUGGUGGCGAGGAGCUCCUUGGAGGAAAUGCUGGAUUCGCUGCGGCGGAGAGACGAGGCCGAGAAGCCUAAGGAGGUGCCGCCGGCAUUGCCUUCCCGGCCGACUUCCAAGGCCCGGCUGCCGUCGGCGCGGCGCUCCUUGCCGAAUGAUUUCAGCGUGGAGAAGCUGGACAAGUCGCCGGAGUGGGCCCCCAGCCCUAGUGUGAACAAGAGGAAGGAGAGGGAUUCGGUGGGGGGCAAGAGGUGUAAUUUUGGGGUCAAGAGGACGGAGAAGGACGUGGACUCGCCGUACAUUGCGUCGGAGGAGGAGGAGGAGCUUCCGAGCCGGCAGAAGGUGGCUAAGUCCGAUUGUGAUGAUAACGUUGGUUAUUUCAUUAAGAAGAAACUUAAGGUUUGGUGUCGGCUUCCUACUGGACUAUGGGAGUGUGGAACAAUUCAAUCAACGUCCGGGGAUGUGGCAUUUGUGUCGGUCUCUGAUGGAAAUGUAAUCAAAGUGCCCAGAGCUGAGCUCCUACCAGCAAACCCAGAUGUUCUGGAAGGUGUGGAUGAUCUUGUACAGCUAAGCUUUUUAAAUGACCCUUCGGUUCUUUGCAAUCUUCAGUCUAGAUAUUCUCAGGACUUGAUUUAUAGCAAAGCAGGGCCAGUUUUGAUUGCAAUGAAUCCUUUCAAAGAUGUCCAAAAUUGUGGAGAUGAUUUUGUCACAGCCUAUAGGAAGAAACUAGUAGACAAACCUCAUGUUUACGCAGUAGCAGAUGCUGCUUAUAAUGAGAUGAUGAGAGAUGAUGUAAAUCAGUCCAUAAUCAUAAGUGGGGAAACUGGAGCUGGGAAAACUGAGACAGCAAAAAUUGCAAUGCAAUACUUGGCUGCUCUUGGUGGUGGGAGUUGUGGCAUGGAACAUUCAAUCCUUCAGGCCAACUGUAUACUGGAAGCAUUUGGAAAUGCAAAAACAUCCAGAAAUGAUAACGCUAGCCGAUUUGGGAAGUUGCUUGAAAUUCAUUUUAGCUCAGUGGGAAAAAUAUGUGGUGCUGAAAUCCAAACCUUGUUUCUAGAAAAGUCAAGAGUGGCUCGACUAGAAAAUGGUGAGAGGUCGUACCACAUCUUUUAUCAACUUUGUGCUGGUGCUCCAUCAAUGCUUAAAGAGAGGCUGAAUCUGAAAAUGGCUGGGGAUUACAAGUAUCUUAGUCAAAGUGGUUGCUUAGCAAUUGAUGGUGUAGAUGAUGCUCAGAAGUUUCAUAUGCUCAUGGAUGCAUUUGCUUCUCUUCGAAUUAGUAUAGAAGAUCAAGAAGAGGUGUUUUCUCUGCUGGCUGCUGUGUUAUGGCUCGGAAACAUAUCAUUUCAAGUAAUGGACGAUGAAGAUCAUGUGGAAGUGUUGGCUGAUGAAGCUAUAAUCACUGCUUCCAGGCUAAUGGGAUGUAGCACCCAGGAGUUGAUGCUUGCUUUAUCCACCCAUGACAAUGCUGUCGAGGAUUGUGUUGAUUACAGAUUGACUUUGCAGCAGGCCACUGGUGCAAGGGAUGCGUUAGCAAGUUUUAUCUAUGUGAGCUUGUUUGACUGGCUUGUAGAAUACAUUAACAAGUCUCUUCAAGUGGGAAGAUGCUGUACUGGGAGAUCCAUCAAUAUACUUGAUAUAUACGGGUUUGAGUCACUACAGAAGAACAGCUUUGAACAGAUGUGUACUAAUUAUGCAAAUGAGAGGCUGCAACAACAUUUCAAUCGCCAUUUAUUAAAGCUUGAACAGGAGGAAUGUGAAUUGGAUGGGGUUGAUUGGACUAAAGUAGAUUUUGAAGACAACCAAGAGUGCUUGGAUCUCUUCGAGAAGAAACCUUUAGGGCUACUAUCAUUGUUGGAAGAGGAAUCAAGCUUCCCAGAGGCAACUGAUUUGACCCUUGCCGAUAAGUUUAAGCAGCAGUUGAAAGGGAACUCUUGCUUUAAAGCAGAAAGACGUGGAUUUUUCAGUAUUCAUCAUCAUGCUGGAGAGGUCCUAUAUGACACAUGUGGCUUCUUGGAAAAGAGCAGAGAUUCUUUGUCCUCUGUUACCGUCCAGUUCUUGUCAUCAUGCAGCAGUCAGCUUCUGCAAUUGUUUACCUCCAAAGUGCUUGACCAAAUCCAGAAAUCAGCUGCUACGUCUUGCCAGAUGAAUGCAUUGGACUCUCCAAAACCAAGUGUUGGUAUGAAGUUCAAGGGCCAAUUAUUCAAACUAAUGCACCAGUUGGAGGAUAGUAGACCUCACUUUGUUCUCUGCAUAAAGCCAAAUAGUAAGCAGCUUCCCGGCGUGUAUGAAGCAGAACUUGUUUUACAACAGCUCAGAUGUUUCGGAGUUUCAGAGGUUGUUAGGAUAUCACGAUCCGGAUACCCCACUAGAAUGACACAUCAAGAUUUUGCAGGAAGGUAUGGAUUCCUGCUUUCAGAGGCCACUGUUGCUAAGGACCCAUUAAGUCUAUCCAUCGCCGUUCUACAACAGUUCAGUUUCCUCCCUGAAAUGUAUCAAAUAGGCUACACGAAAGUGUAUCUUCGAACAGGGCAGAUUGCUCCAUUGGAGGAUAAGAGAAAUAAAGUUCUCCGAGGAAUAAUUGGUGUUCAAAAGUAUUUCCGUGGUUACUGGGCUCGCCGUCAUUUCAAUCAAAUUAAGCAAGGAACCACAAAAUUACGAUCAAAUGUUCCUGGUGAAAAUGCUGAAAGGAAAGCUGAUACUCCUAAAACUAGACGAAAGUCCAGUAGGAAGAUAUCUGAAGUGAAGGACCCGUAUUCAGAGUUGGCAGAGUUACAAAGGCGAGUGCUUCAGGCUGAGGCAACUCUGGAGCGUAAGGAAGAGGAAAAUGCUGAUUUGCAGGAGCAACUACAACAGUUUGAAACAAGAUGGUCAGAAUACGAGGCAAGGAUGAAAUCAAUGCAAGAUGUCUGGCAAAAGCAGAUGUCGUCUUUGCAAGUGAGUCUUGCUGCAGCCAGAAAGAGUCUUACUGCUAACAAUACAGCUGGUCAACCUGGAAGAGUAGAUGCGUCUUCACCUCGAUAUGAUUCGGAAGAUGCCCUGUCAAUGGGAUCUCGGACUCCUGGUGCAAGCACACCUAUCAAUGGGGUAGCGCGUGAGACAAAUGGCUCUUUGAGUGCUGUUGGAAAUUUGGUGAAGGAAUUCGAUCAACGGAGACAAACUUUUGAUGAUGAAGUGAAAGCUCUGAUUGAGGUAAAAACUGGCAAUACUGAUGAAGAACUAAAGAAACUUAAACACCAGUUCGAGUCAUGGAAGAAAGAGUACAAGGCAAGAUUACGAGAGACAAAGACAAGGCUCAGGCUCCAUAGACAUGGGCAUUCAGAUGACGAAAAGAAACGAAGAAAAUGGUGGGUUAUCUAGAUUUAGACUAUCAUCAUUUUGCUAUGGACCAAGAGGAGAUACUAAGAGGAUGACUGGAGAAAAUAAAUCACUCACUUCCCCCGUUACUCUCCCUGUUCAUUAUCAUGGGCUCUCAGAAGAGGAAAAAGGCGAAGACAAUGGUUGGGGAAUGACAAGUGCAAGAUCAUCUAGAAUCUUGAAUUUGAUGAUCAUAAUGGACCAAGAGGGAUAUACUAAGUGGAUGACUGGCGAAAGUAACUCUCAUUACUCUCUACUUCUCCUUGUUCAAGAGCUGCUCUGUUUAUACAUAUGGUAGUAGAUAUUGGUGAAUCAUGGUGUGGGGUAGUUUAGGGAGAGAAAAAUUUGUAUAUGUACCAAAUUUUGGGACUUGGUGGAAACAUUGAGAAGCAUGUGCAUAGCCAAUUAGGAAAUUAGUGAUUUCAGCCGCAUAUCUCUUCUUUCAAUAGUUUAGGUCGCUUGUGUAUAUUCUGUUGUCAUUGUUGUAGUUUGCUGUCAUGUAGAUCUUGUUACUGAUGUGGAAGGAAAAUGUUCAUGUUUCCCCUUGAUGGAGUAUGUUUUUGCUCCAUUCCACCGGAUACAUGUACGACUAUUAGAGUUAUUUGAUAUGUCUGAAUCGUCUAAUAUAUCUUGCAGCAUAACUAGUUUCUGCC